AUGUUAUUAAAUAAUGUCUCCAAAAUGGGAAAUUUGCAGUCAUUCGUGAAUAUGUCAUCGAAGGAUGGUACUGAAAAGAUGGUGAAACCACUCAAGGGUCAAAUAGCCAUAGUGACGGGUGCAUCACGAGGCGUUGGUAAAGGUAUAGCCGUUCAGUUGGGUGAAGCCGGUGCCACGGUCUACGUUACCGGUCGUGAACCAUCCAAAUCUUUUUCGUUCAAAGAGAAGGAUCUACCGUCUUUGACUCAAACCGCCCAAGAUCACAACGAUGUUAAGAAGCUCUUCGAUAGAGUAGCGGCUGAACAAAAUCAAAAACUUGAUGUGCUCGUGAAUGCAGCGUAUUCAGGAACGCCGAAUCUGAUGGAAGAAGGCGGAAAGAAGUUCUAUGAAUGUGAUCCGUUGUUAUGGGACGAUAUGAAUAAUGUCGGAUUACGUAACGUUUACAUUUGCUCGGUUCAUGCCGCACGCCUGAUGGUGCCACACAAAAGUGGACUCAUUGUGAAUAUCAGUUCAGCUGGUGGCCUUCAGUACUUCUUCAAUGUUGCUUACGGAGUCGGCAAAGCAGCGGUAUUGUUUUUAAAAUUGAUUUUCCCAUUUCUAUUUUUAUUAUCUUACGAAAUAUUUUUCGCAUCUGAAAAUCAUAUGAAUUUUAUUGCGAUAAUGGAACUUCAGAUUGAUCGUAUGGGUGCUGAUAUGGCUUUUGAGUUGAAGCCGCAUCACGUGAGUGUGAUAUCACUUUGGCCUGGCACCGUUAAGACUGAAAUGUCCGAAAAGCUUAUCUCAUCCGGGAAGUUCUCCGAAAUUACAGGUCUUUCCCAGGAUUUCGCUGAAAGGUCAUUAGAGAACGGUGAAACGCCAGAAUUCGCUGGACGAGCUGUCGUGGGCCUUGCAUCCGAUUCGAACGUUCUGAAAAAGAGUGGUCGUAUUCAACUGACCGGUGAUUUGAGUCGGGAAUAUGGCUUUGUCGAUAUUGACGGAAGGUCUCCAGCAAAUAUGCGUAGCGUGAAUGCAGCACUAGAUUUCUUCGGUUGGUCGAACACAGCAAAACUUGUGCCGAGCUGCUUUAAGGUUCCAUCAUGGGCACUUCAUUUGUCAUCGUACAAGUUCUGA